UUAAACGCUCAACGAACUUUAUUGUUGGCACGAGAAAGACUUAUGGUACUUCAGAAUGAACUACGGCGUAUACAAGGAAUUUUAAAUAAGCCUGCUAAACCGUCGAAAUGUGGCAGAGUUUACUUUGAUAUUAACUCAGUCACAGUAUAUCUCAAUCGUAACUUUUGUACCAAGACUCAGUCAUAUGCUUUCGUAGUAUUAUUUAAAUGCGAGAAGCAGGUUGAAGCAACACAAAUGGCUACACUAAUGUGUACGUCUGUACUUCGCAUUAGUGAAGUGCAUUUCAAUGAUCAUAUCCGAUUCGAAAACAUUCUUGAUAGUUCCAGCAUUUUAUUGGAAGUUUAUGCAAUGCGUUUUAAUGAUUACAGCUGCAAAGUCCUUAAAAACAAAGCCAAAUCGCUGCUUAGUCCAUCGAAACGAAAUACAAUGAAGGAUUCUUGUGAUAUGCUAGAAUUCACUUUCUGUGGGCAUGCCUUUAUAAAUUGUCGCAUAAGUGGGAACAGAAAAUUUUAUUUGGAUGGAACUGUAUAUCCACUUGAAGGAACAGUUGACGUGCGAAUAUAUUGCACAUCACUUCCACCAAAUAUAAAAAUUGAUUUUCGAGGAUUUCUUACAAUGUAUCAAAUUAUCUCGGGGUUAGCUUCAUGGACCCGUUAUUGGGCUGUGCUGUUAUAUAUUUUAUUGCAUUUUUUUACUUUCUUAAUCUUGGUAAUUUGUAAUACUUUCAGAAUUUUAUUAUCAGCCGAUUCGAAAGAUUUGUGCAAUGCAUGGAUACGUGCUAUCAAUGAAACGUUGGAUAUUAUGCGAGGCUAA